AUGUCCGGUGGCAAAGAGGCAGGUGGGGUCCACCCCUACCAGCCACAACAGAGCCAGCAGCAUGCUCAGUAUGUGGGGCCCUACCGGCUGGAGAAGACACUGGGGAAAGGGCAGACUGGUGAGUACUUGGCACCCUGCUGCUCCUGGAGGUGGGGUGGGGUAGGAGGGGCAACCCCAAUGCCACAGAAAUGGGUGCGAUGGGAGAGCCCAGAGCUUCGCCUGUGGACCAGAAGUGUUUGUCCCAUUGCAGAAUGAGGGUGGGGAAAGAGAUCCGAAAAAGGGAAGGCAGAUGCAUUUCCUGUUGGGGAAAAUAAAUUGGCCGCAGUGGUGGUGGUGGUUGGCGAAAGCUGAAUUCUUUCCUGUCCUGGAGUUUAUUUGAGGAGAGCAAAUGGGGAGUCUUGUUUGGGGCCAAUGGCAUCUAGGUUUAGCAGGUUGUCAGGAGAAGGGGGCAACACUUUGGGUGUUGGGGCACCUCUCCAUCUCUCUCUCUCUCUCUCUCUCUCUCUCUCUCUCUCUCUCCCUCCCCCUCUCCCUCUCUUUCUUACACACUGUUUUAUUUGGGAGUGGAGAGUAAAUGUUGGAGACUACCAGAAGGGAAAAGGUGUCUUUUAAGAGUUCAAAGGAGUGCAUUAAUGUUUACCCUGCUGGACUUUAUUUGGGGUCCCUGUGCAUGGCAGGGAAAUAGUUUGCUUUACAGAGGUAGCAGAUAGAAGAAGAAAAAAGCGAAAAUUUAAAAAACAACAACAAAUAGGGGCAGGUUUUGAAAGCGGUUGUGGCCACCCCUGUACUUAGCAGCAAGUGCUGUUUGGGGAUAGUUGGGUUCUUAGGAUCACAGUGCUUUUGUGGUAGUUGAUAGGUAGGUGUGUUUGUGUGUUUUAACGCACAUUAAAUGCCCAGAUGGAGCUUGGAAAGGGGAACGCAGCGAGGGCAGCGGUGGAUCGACCAUAUUUUUUGGAUGGGUUAGUUUCCGUACCUCUGCCCAGGUGCCUGUGCCCUGGUGGUUGGGGCCUGAAGCAGUUCUGUUUGGGAUGGAGCAGUAGCUUAAAAAUAAUAAUGCUGCAAUGGCCAAGGUUGGUUGGGGAGGGAGGAAAGCAAGAAGAACCAACUGCUCCAGAUUUAUUCCAUUUCCAUACAGAUUCCCUACCUCCAACUCCCCCCCUCAAAAAAAACCCCUGUCUGGUUGGUGGAGAGACGGGACAUCCACCCAUCUCUGUCUCCCUCCCCCAUCUCUAUUUUGCCAAGGCUCUGUAUUUAUGAGGGGGCAAUCUAUAGGAGAGGCCUAUAGAUUUCUCUCCCCCCCCCAUACACCAAUCUUCUCCUGCUGCAGCACUCUGGAUGAAUGGAAGAGUGGUGGUUUUGUUUUUUUUUACUCUCUGCAGGGAUGCCGAUUCGAUUGUGCGGUUUAGAUUAUGGGGCUUGGUUAUGAGAGAGAUUGCUUGAAUAAAUGCCUAAAGGCUGGGUAAUAUGAAAAACCGUCUCCUUUGGCUUCCUUCUCCUCUUUUUCGGUGACAGUCAGUUGUUGGAUGGAAGGCUGAGGAUGGGAAGCGGGGAGUGCGGGGGGGGGGGGUGAAACCAUCCAUCUCUCUGCAAUGAUGCAGGAAAACCCAAACCACAAGGCCUCUCUCUUCUCUCUGCUCUCUCUCUCUCAAUUUGUGUGUGUCUGUGUGUAGAAUGAGUAUUGUGGCUUGGAAAGGGGGAAGAUUACUGCAGUGGCAGAAAAAGACACGGUGACAGGGGGGAGAAGGAGCCGGGCUAUGCUUGUGUGUGCGUGCAUGUUUGGGAGGUGGGGUUGUGUGUUUUUUUGGUUUUGGUUUUAAGGAAUCAUAACAGUAAUAAAUAUCUGGAGCAGGUGGGUGAAAGAGACAGAAGAGGUAGCAGGGGAUAAGGGAGGGCGGGAUUUUGCUGAAUAAUCAUUUCUGCACCGUGGCGGCAGGCAGUUCAUGCAAAGACAUUUCAGGAAUCGCAGACUGAAUGGGUAGGUGGAUGGAGUCUUGCUGGGGGUGGAUGGGAUGAGGCCUGGCUGCAUCCCAUACCCCAGAAGGAGGGGAGACCAGGAGCAAUAGGACAAAUGGCCGCCUUCUACGGCGGGCGAGAGUUUUCUUGCUCUUCUAAUUUUGCUUGCCGCCGUAUUUCUAGCAAUCUCGUUUCCUCCUUCUCUGAAGGAGUGUUAUUAUGGUUAUGUGAAUCCUCAGUUGGCAGGAAACAGCGGAAGUCCAGGCACCAGCAGUGACAUGCCCAAGGUCAUCUAAGGGAUGUUGGUGGCAGAGAUAGAAAUCAAAAACUGUGCAUAUCCCUGUUCCUCCUUGGCUAUCCUGUUCAGUUUUGGUUUCCCAGACCUGAAGAUGCUGAGUAGCGAAAUGAUAAUAACCAUGGCCAACUUAACUGUGUUCUCCGGCAGGACAGGUCAUGCAAGAAUUCUGCACUAGCAGUGAUCGGAGACCUUAAAUUCUGCAACUGGAAUAAUUAGAAUAGGCUUGUCUCCCCGCCCGUCAGUCCAUAGUCUCAACGAUCUGAGAUGCCAGUGGAUUGGAUCCAGGUUGUUAAACUUUACUCUCAUUGACUAAAUGAACGGGACUUAAGUUAGCCAAGAUUAACUUGUCCUAUUGAUUUCAGUGGGGCUGAAGCUGCCUAGAUCCAUUGCCCUGGAGUGCCUUGGGCAAGUAUGUCAAUCUUGGCUUAUUUACUAUUCUUAAGGAGUAGAACUGAGCAUUGAAAAAUAUAUAAAAACAUACAUAUCAACAGACAUGGGGGGAGGGAAACCUCAUCACUUUACUCACUCUUUUGCUUUCCUUAUGCUUCCCACCUUUUAAAAGGCUGUGGGACUCACCUCCCAUGUAUGUUGUCAGGUCUAGGUACACUUACAGUACCAUACAAGAGGUUAAGGAUGCUCUUUAUAUAUCUUUUUGUUCGCAGAAUUGGAGUUUAUAGAUACAAACCCAAACCCAAAGAGAGAUGUAAACUCUUAACGUGUGGAAUAUCUGUAAUUUAGGAUUGAAACAUGGGGAAUCCCCACCCCAAGCUCUGAUUCAAUUUAACAGGGUCACCAGAGGUCAGAUAAAAUUGUUGGAUCUACCCUAUGGAUUCCCAGUUGACCAGUCUACUGUUCUGUCCUAAACCAUGACGCUCUGUGCCAGAUUUGCAAAUGCUCCCGCCAUCGUUGCUAAGCUCACAAAACGUUGUACUAAACCAUACGAUCAAACUCUCUCUAUUUACUAGAGACAACUCAUAUUUUCUGGUAUGAGCCCUUGGUCAAUUCCUUGCUUAUUCGGAGGCAGUGUGUUAAAAUUUUGUUAGUGCAUGUUGCUUGAGUUAUUGUUCAUUUUUCAGAUUUGAGCUGCCGAGUUAGAUCUAGAAGUUAAGGUGAAUGGGUGGAUUUCUUCCUUAUGGUGGAAGACAAGGCUAUCAGUGGUCACCAGCGAUGAUGGCUACACUUUGUCCCCAUGGUUUGGAGGCAGUAAGGCUUUUGGGUACCAGUUGCUGGAAACCACAGGAGGGAAGAGUCGUCUUUGUGCUCAGGUCCCGCUUUCCCACUGUGGCAUCUGGUUGGCCACUGUGAGAACAGGAUGCUGGACUCGACGGGCCAUUGGCCUGAUCCAGCAGCCUCUUCUUGUGUUCUUAUGAUGGGUGCAUCUUGUCUAUAGUGCACAGGUGUGUGUAUAUGCACGCACACGAACACGGUGGCACUACCCAGUGACAUUUCACUGCCUCCGAAGUAUGUUUGGAACUGUUAUGACAUAUUGCAGGCGAUCGUGUUUGUCAAAUAUACUUCCAGCCAAAAGAACAACACCUUUUUUGGCUUUUAAAUAAGUGCCUACAGCAAAAUACACAGACACAACAUGUAGCAGGGUGAGUGGAGCCUUCAGCAAUGUGUCAUAGCAUGCAUGUGUUGAGGCGGCCGGAACAGGAUUAGCUUUGAAGUGUCCCUGUUUUCAUCUGGGAAAUGUUGGUGGGUAUGCUAAAAGUCCCUUCCUCCCAGAUAAAGAACAAACGGGGGCAGCGGGGGGGGGGGGAGCAGGCCAACCUUCCAAAGAGAGAAGACCUCCAACCAAAGAAAAACUCCGUCCCACCACCCAGCAAUUUUCAAAAUAAAAAUUGUGAGGUUCAGUGGGUGCCGAGAGGAGUUGUCUAUGGGUGCUAUGGUGCCCACGGGCACCACAUUGGGGACCUUGGUUGUAUCAUGUGAACAUGGCAGUUGUUUCCCCCUCCUGCUCCUAUUUACAUCCUUAGAUAUUUGGAAACGGUCUGCAUAUCCACACCUGUUCCUGCCCAGUUUGCCUUUUCUCUGCCUGUCCAACUUGUGAUCCAGUAAAAUAAACAUAGCCCCCCAUUUGGGGGAAGCAAGGUGGGACUUGAUCCAUCUUCUGGCUUUUCUGAUGGGCUGCAAAGCAAGGUAUGGCCAGGGUGUGUAUGGGGGAGAAUCAGAGAAUGUAGGGACAGGUUAGCUUGCGGCAUAUAUUCCUAUACACAAGGGGCUGUCCUUAUUGUUGUGUAUCCCCGCCCCCCAGUAAAUUAAUGUCCACAUUUUUCCCUUUUUGUGAGUGCCUUUUUCAAAUUUUGCUAGCAUAUUUCAGGAAUUGUCACGAUUGAGUCCCUGGACAUGAAAUCUCUGGAGUGGGUGAUUCUAGUGUGCAUGCAUAAAAAUGCAGGCGCAUGCACACUAAAGGCUCACGCAGAGAGCACACACAAUGCCAUUUCUCACACUGCAGUUCUAAGGUAUUUCAAAGUAUUGAUUGCAUAGUGAAGUAGGGUUUUUUUCCUAGUGUGUCAAGUUUAAACCAAAAGAACCGCCAUCCUCCUUGUCUUUGAAAUCAGUGAGGGACGGGCUAUUGCAGAAUAAAUAGGCACAUCAUGCCACUGGCGAUGAAAAGAGUUUAGCACUAUGUAAUAGUGGAUGGACUGGGGCUUCCAAAGUGAGCUUUGGUAGGAUCAUAGAGCCAGAUGGUAUCCCAAAGGCCAUCUAGUCCAACCCCUAACAAUGUAAGAAACCUGCUGCUUCAGCAGCUGUGUAAGGUGACCACCCCGUCUCUGCCUAAAAACCAUUCUAAGAAAGGUAUUUACUGUCCAACAGUUAACAGCAUUAAUGUGCAUACUUUCAUCUUCAGUCUAUAGAUUAAACCUCCCCUCCUUGUAAUUUGAAUCUGGGUCCUGCCCUGUGUUCUAUUGCCUCGUUUUUUAAAUUAUUACAUUCAUAUUCUGUCUUUUCUCCAAGGUGGCUCUUCCACCCCAUUUUAUUUUCACAACUCUGUGAGGUAGGUUAGGCUCUGAGGGAGUAGCUGAUCCGAGGUCACCCAGUUAGCUUCAUGGCUGAGUGGGGAUUUGAACCCUGGUCUCCCUGGUCUUAGUUUGACACUCUAACCACUACACCACACUGGCUCUGUGUGAUAAUCCUUCACAUCUUUGAAGGCGGCUGUCCUACCUGCUCUGUGUUGUCCCUUCUCCAGGCUAAACAGACCCGGCUACAUUGCCUGUUCCUUAUAGGACUUGAUCUCCAGGCCUCUGUCUGGACACACUCCCAAUUUGUUCGUACCUUCCAUAGACUGUGGUGCCCAGAAAUGUACACCACGCAGUGGUGAGGUCUGACCAAAGCAUGGGGUGGCCAUGUGUCCUGCGUUACAGAAGGCCAUCCUUUGUUUGAAGAACUGUCAGAGGACAGGCCUCUAUUUGAAGGCCUGACUGGUCCAAGGCUGGUUUAAAGAGAAAGAAUUAUAAGAAGGGAGAGCAGGGCAGGCCACCAGGUUUCUCCAGCAACCGUUGCUACCUGUUCAGCCGACUAGACAGGCACACAGUAUUGCAGGAAUCCUGGAAACUGUAGUUUUCCCCCUUCCAGAACUGCAAUUCCCAGCACCCGACAAUUCCCACGAUUCUUUGGAGGAAGUUACGUAUGGUGUGCAUGUAACCCACAACUCUUCACAGAGACAAAUAGGUUUUUCUCUCUUCCCGCUACUCAGUCUCAUCCAUCCCUGCCCAUUUUUUAAUGUUAUGUUAUUGAGGUAUUGUUUUUCUAUUUAUGUUGUAGUUAUCAUUUCUACAUUUGCAUCUUUGAUAUGCAAAUUGGUGUCCUCUUGUGACCUAUUUUUCCCAGAGGAUGCUUUUCCUUUCCUUUCCUUUUUAAAAAAACAUUUUUAUUUUUGCAUUUUCUAUUUUACAUAUACAAGUGAAAUAAAAACAUAAACAUAUAAUCCCCUUUGACUUCCCUCCCCCCCCCCCGCCGCCAUUGUGGAUCAUAAUAUAACAAGCUUUUCCGCCUUUUUUUGGCAAUGCUUAAAUGCCAACCUUACCGCAACAGAACAGAGUAGUGCCACACCAACUGAAAACAGGAGCAUUACAAGGAUGCCCUUGUUUUUGUCUCUCAGAAUUUUAUUUAUUUAUUAUGUACUUAUUGCAUUUAAACCACACCUUUCUUCUCCAAAGAGCUCAAUAUGGCAUGUAUGGUUCUCCCUCUCCUGAUCCCCACAACAACCCUGUGAGGUAGGCUAGGCUGAGAGGCAGUGACUGGUCCAAGUUCACCCAGUGAACUUCAUAGCUGACUAAGGAUUUGAACCCUGGUCUCCCAAGUCCUAGUCAAACAAUCUGACCACUGUGCUGUGAAACCCUGGUUGCCUGACCCCAAUGGGAUAUUCCAAGCUCCCUCCCUGAAUUUUCAUGUUUCUUUUCUUUUUUCAAGUUAGACCUUUUACUUACGAAGGUGUAAGGAAAAGCAGGCAGGCAGAAUUCUACCCAGUUUUACCCAGACAGAGGUAAACUUGCUCCUGCCUUCCAGUGUCAGGGCCAAAGAGCGUAAAGGCAAGCAGGGUAAAAAAGGACAAGCCCGUGGCACUUGUUGUUUUUUUUUAAUUAAAUAUAAACAAUGUUUGAUAUAAUGAAAUAACUUAGAGCCUAUCAGACCACCCAUAUCUGUACUCUGGAUGAUUUGCAAGGAUUCUUUUGGCUUCUGGCUAUUGGGGGGGGGGUUUGGGGGGGUGCAGACAUCAAGGUCCUAGAAGGCCACCAUCAGUGGCUGGUGGGCUGCGUUUUGCUUGGUGGGCCGCAAAUUACGCAGCCCUGCUCUAGGCUAAAGACAAUCUCUUCCUUCAGCCUUCUUGCAUGUGAUUUGUCUGGUCUGCUUAUUUUGACAGCCGCACCACACCACUAUGACACCAGAUCUAGCGACUUAGAUAGAGUGCAUGUCUUUUUAAUUUUUUUUAAUUUUCUGACAGGCUGAAAAGAUGUAUUUGGGUGUGAGAGGGUUUAACUUUCUUUUUUCCCAUGACUCAGUUUGUAUUCUCACAAUGUGAAGCUGAGUUUCAAGGUCAGAGAGAGCGAGAGAGAGAGCGCACCUUUUGGAAGUUUGUAUUUUAAACACACAGACCCUGCCAUUGUUGUGAGGCUUCCAUAGCUUAUUUACCAAAAAUAGUGUGUAUUUUCUGACAUUUGCUCCUGGUAAACCACUGUCCCUAUUUUGCCUUUGAAGGGGGUACAGUGGUGAUGAUGAUGGUUUAUUUUAGGAUGCCUUUGCUUUCUUUCAACCUUGUUAGUAAGUGGGACUUAAAAAACAGGAAGCAGUUAUGUCCCUGUUGCUAAUACACUCAAAGAACCCAUGGAUGGGAAGCUGUUGUAGAGUCAACGAGUGGCGUUCAGCUCAGGUUGCCAACUUUUCUAGCUGGCUCUGCAGCUGUGAGUUUGGCAGGGUAUUGUAUUUAUCAUAUUUUCAUCCCGCCCUACUUCAAAGGAUCUCAGGGUGGUCUACUGAGUUCUACCUCACUCACACACCUAUCUUAUCCCCACAACCGCCCUGCGAGGUAGGUUGGGGGGAGAGGGAGAGAUUGAGAGAGAGACCCAGGAUCACUCGGGGAAUUUCAUCAUGGCUGAACAUGGAACAUGGGAUUUCUGAGUUCUCAAUCCAGCACACUGUCCAUUGCACCACACUGGCUCUCAUGCUGCCACAUGCUGUUGCUUUAAGUAGGAUAGGUAAAGGGACCCCUGACCAUUAGGUUCAGUCGUGGCCGACUCUGGGGUUGCGGCGCUCAUCUCGCUUUAUUGGCCGAGAUGGUACAGCUUCUGGGUCAUGUGGCCAGCAUGACUAAGCCACUUCUGGUGAACCAGAGCAGCGCACAGAAACACCGUUCACCGGUACCUAUUUAUCUACUUGCACUUUGACGUGCUUUCGAACUGCUAGGUGGGCAGGAGCAGGAACCGAGCAACGGGAGCUCACCCCAUCGCAGGGAUUCGAACUGCUGACCUUCUGAUCGGCAAGUCCUAGGCUCUGUGGUUUAACCCACAGUGCCACCCGUGUCCCUUUUAAGUGGCAUAAUCCACAGCAAUUAGCAGGGGAUGAUACUUUACUUCUGUGAUGGCUCCUCAGGCAGUAGAGCAUGAGACUCUGAAUCUUGGGGUUGUGGGUUUGAGUCCCACGUUGGGCAAAAAGAUUCCUGCAUUGCAGGGAGAUGGCCCUCGUGGUCCCUUCCAACUCUAUGAUUCUACCUCUGCAGGGCCAGCCCCGCCCAUGAGGCUGACUGAAGCAGAGGAACCCUACAGGGUGUCCUCCUUGGGGCUGCCCUGCCCGCCACCAGUUGCACAGUGGCGGCUUCUGGCAAGACCUCUCAGAACUCGCGAGAGCUCUGCAAGAUCUCACGAGAUCUUGCUGGAAGCUGCCACAGACAUGCAACCCUGGUAAUAAUAAUAAUAAUAAUCUAUUACUUAUACCCUGCCCAUCUGGCCGGGCCUCCCCAGCCACUCUGGGCAACUUCCAAAAGAAUAGUAAAAACAGAGGGAAGACAGAGACAGAGCAGCCAGGUGACACGUUAUCACUGGAGAGCAUUUUGGACCCCCCCCCCUUCAUCCAGAACUCAGCCUAUGUUGAAAGUUGAAGAGUGAAGGACUUUAAGACAAUUAGCCCCUGUCAACCACCAUAAGGGGAAGUACUGUUGCUAGGAAGGGAGGCGGGAAGAGCUCAGUUGGAGCAACAUCAUUUUUUGGAAGGUUGCAUUCCUUCGUCGUUCUCUGUGAAUUAUUGAAUAAAUAGCUUGGUAAGAGUGGGGGACCCACAAUAAAACAUCAAACAUUAACAACUUCCCUAAACAGGGGUGCCUUCAGAUGUCUUCUAAAAGUCAGAUAGUUGUUUAUUUCCUUGACAUCUGAUGGGAGGGGGCUCCACAGGGUGGGUGCCACUACCAAGAAGGCCCUCUGCCUGGUUCCCUGUAACUUCAUUUCUCGCAGGGAGGGAACCGCUAGAAGGCCCUUGGAGCUGGAACUCAGUGUCUGGGCAGAACGAUGGGGGUGGAGACGCUCCUUCAGGUAUACAGGACCGAGGCUGUUUAGGGCUUUAAAGGUCAGCACCAACACUUUGAGGUAGUUGAGGCCAUGGUGGCCUGCCAAAUGGAGGCUAUUAUUUGUAUGCCUUUUUUGCUGGUCAGGCCUGAAGCGGGCACUGAAGCCUAAACCACACAUUCCUGGGCGGCUUAUCAUGCUGUUCUGCUCUCUGGCCCCUGAGGUGCCUGACCCGUAUAUUCCCUGAUAUGCACACACACUGCCCCAUGGCAGGGCAGCACCUAGAGAAAGCCCUUAUGGCAGAGGAGGGGAACCUCUCCUAGCCCAAGGGCUGCAUUCUGUUCUGGGCUGCCAUGAGAGAGCUGAGGGCCAGUGGUGGGUGGGGCCAAAGGCAAAAGUGGGUGGAGCAAUCGAUGCUGACACACACGGACACACCUGACCCCAUCACCUCCAUCCAGGAAAGCAAGAGGCAUUGUCAGAGUCCACAGACGCAUUCCAGCCAGGCAAAAACACUGAAGGAGGAGGCAAAGUAGAAUUGGGGGCGUGUGACCUGGGCAGGCCUGUAGAGCUGCAUUUGGCACCUGGGCCUGAGGGUCCUCAUUCUUGCCAUAGGGGCCCACAAUCCCUGGAUUCUAGAGGUGUUAACAUAGGAGCAUAUACCAAGUCUACACUGACUGGCAGCACCUCUCGAAGGUUUCAGGCAGGGGACAUUCGCAGCCCUAGCUGGAGAUGCCAGGGAUUCCACACAUUAUGCAUGUGAAGUCGAUUCUCUGCCGCUGAGCUUAGCCUGCUACAUAUAUUCAGCAUUCAUAGAGGAUUCUGCCCAGGCCUCUGAACUUCUUGAUACCAGAGAGCAAAUGUAUGGCCUCAAGUUUUGGCACGAAUAAAGAAAGAACUCAAGGUGAUGCGGUAUGGGCCUAACAACGGGUACCAUUGGCUCCCAGAGCCCAGUUAGAUUUGCUGGGCAAUCGUGUACCACAUACAGUGGUACCUCCGGUUACAUACGCUUCAGGUUACAUACACUUCAGGUUACAGACUCCGCUAACCCAGAAAUAGUGCUUCAGGUUAAGAACUUUGCUUCAGGAUAAGAACAGAAAUUGGGCUCCGGCAGCGCGGCAGCAGCAGGAGGCCCCAUUAGCUAAAGUGGUGCUUCAGGUUAAGAACAGUUUCAGGUUAAGUACGGACCUCCAGAAUGAAUUAAGUACUUAACCUGAGGUACCACUGUAUAAGGUGGGAGUGAGAUCUAUGUUUUAUGCCAUAAAGGAGCAUCUGAGGGAGCAGAGAAACCUGUUUCCUCUCCAGCCUUCCCUCGCUUGCUUGGCUCACUUCUGGUACUGGGGCUGGCGGGGGGGACGGGGACAACUGCUGUUCAGGGAACAGCUGAAACUCGGUGUUAGACCAUCCACUUUGUGUGCAGAAGGGCCCCAAAAUAUUUAGGAAUAUGGAAUUCAUGCCAGCAGCAUCUCCAGGAAGCGCUAGGAAUGUCCCCUGCUUCAAACUCUGGAGAGCCUUUGCUAGUGAACAUAGACAAUGCUGAGCUACAGGAGGUGGACCAAGCGUCCGACUCAAAUCCUUUCACUCAGCCUGAUGUGUUUGCAGGGAGAUCAGACGUUGCUGACAAUCUGAUGGGCAUUUUUAUUUGUUUGCGGAGUGGUUAGAUGACGCCCCACGCUUUCCAGUCACUCUCCUUAUGGCAGAAAGUCUGGUCCUUUUGUGGGGAAGUGGGUUAGUUGGCACAAGACCUCCCAGUCAACUCUUAAUUGUGCAGCCUGAAUUGGCUGGUAGGUAAUUGAAUUCCACCCAGGAAGAGUGACAGUCUAGAAGUGCCCUUGGUAUAAGGCAGCUUUCUAUGUCCUUAUGCUUAAAAGCAGCAGAGUGUGUCAAGGUAAGGCAGGGAAGCAUGAUGAAAUUUUUGCUCCCUUCUUUCUUUCCGUGUAAGGCAUGCAGCCUCCCUCCCUCCUCAAUUCCUGCUUGCUUUAUGAAGAGGGCAAGCAUGUAUUUCACAUGUGUUUGCCCAGCACACAAAGUUUGACCCCAAGAUGUAAGACCCUGGGCUGAGAAGAACAGGGAAUGGAGGAAGAGUCUUGCCCUACAAUGUUUUGUGCACGCUCCUGUUUAUUCUGCAUGCAGUCCUCUCCCAGUGCUGGUUUGCGAAGUGGUGUACACACAAUGUUAGCCACAAUGCAAAUCUAUCCAGUCAUUUCUUCUGAAAUAUUGUAUUUGAUGCAUCCUCCUCCAAAACCAGCUUCAAUCCAAACUGAGCUGCAUUUCAAGCAGGUAAUGUGCACACAGCCUGUCUUUCUAUCCAGACCUAUUUGCUAGGUGAGAGAGGAGGGUAUAUAAGUGGCCUUCUGAGGCAGGGGCCAUUUGAAACUCACCACCAGUCCUCUUGGCUGGCAGUUAAAAUUUUGCUUUCUCCAGAAUUACCCAUGUGAUCAUUGGCCUUUAUCUCAGGGAUCUGCUGAUCCCAGGUGAGGUGUCUAAAAAAUCCCUACAAGGCCCGUUAUUGACGGAACUUGUUACUGAUGCCAGGCUCAAGCUAAACUGGAGGUACUCCGCGAGCAAGGGACAAGGGUCGUCCAGGAUAAAUUCCCCCUCCUCAAAUUCACCAUAUUCCUUCUCUUGUGGGACAGGGCAGUAUGGGCAAAAGUGGAGCAGGAUGAUGGCAACAUUUUUAAAUGGAAUCCCCUGUAACGAUCACUUGUUUAUCUCAUAUAUGCCAUCCAUUUUAUCAAAAGGGACUGCUUUGACACUUGACUUUGAAAAGGGAUUUGUCUUGUUUAGAAGGGGAACAAACCGUCCUAACCCAACCUUUUUCAGCUGUGCUGACUGGGGUUGAUGGCAGUCGUAGGAUGCCUCCUGACUGUCAAUAUUUUGCAGAAGGGAUUCAAGUGCCCACCAGGAAAUUGUCGGCUUUGCAUAAUUAAAGUGGAUUAAAGCACUCUGUUGCCCUAGCACUAGUCCACUUUUAAAAAGUAGCCAACUUUUUGCAGUUAGGAAAGUGACGGGGAAAUGUUGAAUGAACAAACGACUAAGGAGAAGACAUAUAAACUCCACACAAGCAAAUCAGAACGAAUGCUCAUUGUUGUAUAACAAUGUCCCCAGUAGAUUGGGACAAAUGCUUAGUAAAGACUGGAUUAUAAUCUGAUCUCCACAUAAACUUUGUGCAAGCAAAUCAGGGUGAAUGCUCAAUAAAUAAAUCAUCUGGAAGAAUACAUAGUCCCAAAUAUCUGAGGGGAGUCAGGUUGGAAAAAGUUGUACUAACCUUAUGGGUUAGGCCAAAUUAUUGUGAGCUAAUAAUUUUGAUGAGCUAAUUUGGAAGGCUGGUAUAGAGUAUCCUUUGUUAGGGCACAAUGGUGGGCUAGAUCAGAGCCUGUUAUCCAACAGCUUGUGGACUGAUUCUAGUCUGUGAAAUAAUUUUUUAGCAGUUUUAGUAAUCUCAUUACAUUCAAUGCCCCUUUCAGACAUAAGGUGUAUUUUGGAGCCGUAGGACAGGCACUGAUCUGGGAUAAUUUUGGGGCAGCUGUUUCUAAUUCAUAGGAUUUAUUUGAGAACUCCACUCUUUAGAAGUCCUUACAGUGAUUCAUCCUUUGCAAGGGCAGGGAAUAGGCAGGGAAUCUGAAUUAAUUGGGGAGCCAUUCAUUACGUCUGGGAACCUGAGAAAUAGUGACGGUAUUCAGUCUCUCUUUUGUGUGGUGAAAGGUACUGUUCUAUAGUUGCCAUCAUGUACAGGGUGCGCUGCUGGGCAUAUUUAAUUAAAAAUGAGAAAAACAAAAAUAUCCCCAACUCCUGCAAAAUAAGUAUUUAGUAGCCUAGUCCAGAGUUUAUGCUGUCCGUUGAAUGUUGAGCUGAAAUAUAACUGUUGAGUAACAAAUGUAACUUUCGCUCUGGAAAAAAUAAUAAAAUAUUAUUAUACUGUACAAAAUAGAGAGAGAGAGAGAGAUGAUGCAAAUGCUACCAGUUCUUUUUAACUGGUGAUACCAGGAAUUGAACCUGGGAUGUCCUGUACGUGAAGCGUGGCUCUGCCACUGAGCUAUGGCCCCUUUCUCCAUGAUCCAGGUGGCUUCAUUACCUGCCCUCCCCAUCCUUAGAAUGUACUCACAGUCAGAGUGCCUGAUGGGCAGAGAAAGGUCCAGCUCUGUUUCCUGCAAGGGCAAACUGACUCUGUAUGAGCUUCUGCUGAAACCUACUACUCCUUGAGAAAGCGGGGAGUACAGAAAGCAGCAUAAUGAACAUGGUCCCUUCCAUGUGAAUUGGGAGCACGAUGUCUUCCAAAGUAUUCUUGAAACACAUCGACACCAGAAUUUAAGCAUUUCCUUGCACAUCAGCAACAGAUACUGUGAGACACUCCCUGCCAUCAGGGGAAGCACUGAUUUCCUUUGGAUAAGAUCGCAGAAGAGUUUGGCUGUAAUCCUACACAGCAUUUGCCUGGAAGUAAGUGCAGGUGGCGCUGUGGGUGUAAACCACUGAGCCUUGGGCUUGCCGAUUGGAAGGUCGGCGGUUCGAAUCCCCGCGACAGGGUGAGCUCCUGUUGCUCGGUCCCUACUCCUGCCAACCUAGCAGUUUGAAAGCAUGGUACCGCUCCAGCAGGAAGGGAAAUGGCGUUUCCGUGUGCUGCUCUGGUUUCGUCAGAAGUGGCUUAGUCAUGUUGGCCACAUGACCCGGAAAAACUGUCUGCGGACAAAUGUCAGCUCCCUCGACCUGUAAAGCGAGAUGAGCGCCGCAACCCCAGAGUUGUUCGCAACCGGACUUAACUGUCAGGGGUCCUUUACCUUUACCUUUUAGGUUGAACACAGUGAGGCUUACUUUCAGGCAGACAGACCAAGGAUUGUGGCAUAAAGGUCUCUUUCUAAUAUUUACAUUGUUUGCAAAUGUGCUGGGAGAUCAGAGGUGUAAACAAAGCUCACUGUGUUCAGUAAGUGUGCACAGAAAGUGUGCCUUAGGUCCCUAUGUUGCUUUCAUAUGUGCAAGCCUCUAGUCAUGGCAUUAAUCACUCCAAAGUACUAAAAAAAAAAGGUAAAGGACCACCCCGUUGCAGCCCUUAAGCUGCCUACGGUGUAUGAUCAAAGUAACCCAAUACAAGAGGUGGGGAAUAUGUGACCCUCCAGAUGUUGCUGAACUACAACUCCCAUCAGCCUCAGCAAACAUGGCCAGUGGGCAGGGAUGAUGGAAACUGUAGUCCAGCAACACCUUGAGGGCUACAGGUCCCCCCCCAUCUCUGUACAGAGGAAGUACAUUUUGCAUCUUUUAAAAGGGGUACAUUUGGUGGGAAGGAAAUUUGACUUAGAUCAUCAUUAACCUGCUUCGCAUUGUUACGAUGUGCUGCAUUGUGACAGAUCUUCUCUGGUGCUUCUUUUCAUUUCCAUAGGUCUGGUGAAGCUGGGCGUACACUGCAUCACAGGGCAGAAAGUGGCGAUUAAGAUUGUGAACCGGGAAAAGCUUUCGGAGUCAGUACUGAUGAAGGUGAGCAUGUGGGUUGGUUUGUUGGGAAUGGUGUAAGAACAGCGAAUAUAUAUAUAUAUAUAUAUAUAGUACCUGCUGAGUCUCGGUCUCUCCACUUCAUCUUUACAGAAAUUUCAACCCAGGUUGCCUUGCCAGAUAUGGUCAGACACAUUCACAGCCUACACAGCAUGGCUUGGAAUGAAUUUACUAGCAGGUGGUGCUGUGGUCUAAACCACAGAGCCUAGGGCUUGCUGAUCAGAAGGUCGGUGGUUCGAACCCCCGCGGCGGGGUGAGCUCCCGUUGCUCAGUCCCUGCUCCUGCCAACCUAGCAGUUCGAAAGCACGUCAAAGUGCAAGUAGAUAAAGGUAAGGUAGAUAAAGGUAGAUAAAGGUAGAGAAGGUAAACGGUGUUUCCGUGCGCUGCUCUGGUUCGCCAGAAGCGGCUUAGUCAUGCUGGCCACAUGACCCAGAAGCUGUACGCUGGCUCCCUCGGCCAAUAAAGUGAGAUGAGCGCCGCAACCCUAGAGUCAGCCAUGACUGGACCUAAAGGUCAGGGGUCCCUUUACCUUUUAUCUCACUGCAGAGAGAAGUGCAAAACACUAUCAUACUCUCGCCAAAUGCAGACACUGGUGAGUUAGAAAGCAGGAAGAAGAUGCAGAAACUAGUAAAAAAUGCCGGGCUUGUUUGUUGUUUGUUUGAUUUGGAUGUCAUAAGAGCGGUACGAUUGUACCUCCUGUUGAAGGAUUGACCCUCUAAAUUCCUUGGCUGAGUGGACAUUAAAGCAGCAGCAACUAGAUGAUUGGAUCCCUUUCGGAACUUGAAAUAUGGGUACCCCCAACAAAAAAAUUAAAAUUCGGCUCUGUAAUUUGGAAUUUAUGUGAUUUGAUUUGAUUGGUCUGUUAAUAAAAAUUAUUUUUAAAAAAUAAAAAUAAAUUCCUUGGCUGAAAAUGAGAGCUGAGAAAGCGCAGAAAAUAAAGCAAGAUUAAAAAUGGGCGAGCUCACGCGGUUCCCGUAUUCCAGACUUAUUUUGCCAGGUGUCACAUGAUACAGAAGGCCUGCCUUGUUUCUGGACCAGCGUCCUUUGCAAGGUUUAGCGUGAGCUGAUGGCAUCGCCAGCCUUCAUCAGUAUACUAGGCCUCGGUCCAGGACUUUGACUUAGUCCACAUGAUAGCAGUUUAAUCACAUGGUGCGGAUCAGCUUAGUUGGAGCAUUUCCCCCUCACGCUGGUGUGAUUCCCUCCCCCUUUCCUGAAGUUUGUGCUGACAUGGAGAAAAUCCCUGAAUGAUGAGCUGCUCCACGUGCCAUGUGAUAUUAGCUAUGCUAUGGAGCAGUUUUGAGCAGUUUUUCUGUGGAGGCUGUAACAUGUAAAGAACACACACAAAAACCCCUGUCCAUUUGUCAGACCGUGGGAGAAAAGGAGCUUGAAGCUUUGAAACAAACAGGGAAGAUAUUUCUCAGUAUGCCCUCACUUGCCACUCGCCAAGGCCAGAACGAAACGUUCAGCAGCUGACACAAUCCUGUGUCCCCUUCUGAUAUACCAGGUGGGGUGGGAAUGGGAGGCUUUGCACACUUGCAGGCAGGCGCAAGAUUGGAAGCGCCGUGUUUGGCAACAUCAGGUGGUGCCCCAGCAGAGGCAGGCUGGCAAGCUGGAGACAGACAGGCGAGGAGCCGAAAUCUGGAGGUAAAAAUGGGGGACCAGGUGGCAUCCAUCUGCAAGACAUUGCCAGGCUGAAAGAAAUCAGCAGGUCUGCAAGCCUUUGGGCUGCUUCAGUUGACCUAUUUAUGGAGCAUUUGCCUUGAUUUGCUUGUACGAAGUUUAUGUGGAGUUUCGAUUAUAAUCUGGCAUUUAUUCUGAUUUGGUUGUGGAGAGGUUACAUGACAAUGAGCAUUCAUUCUGACUUACGUGUGGGGCGUUUAUACUUCCCAUUAAUCAUUUGUUCAUUCUACACUUAUAAACACCUUUCUGCAUCAUUUCGCUAACAGCAAAGAGGCUGAUUAUUUUUUAAGUGGAUUUGUUGCACCAGGAUGUUAGAGCUCUUUGAUUGCACAAACGUAAAUUUCCCAAUUUAGGUUUGGGGUCAUGAAGAGUCGGACAUGACUAAACGACUAAACAACAACAAAUUUCCCAAAAUGUUUGACUCCCUCCUGCAAAUACAAUCUAUAGGCACCUUAAAUAUCCCUCAAUAGCAUCAGCUUGGCCCAGCAGCAGCAGCUGACUUCCUAGGCUUGAAGGAUCAUGGGCUGUCAUGUCAAACUCCUGGCUGGAGGGACCUGUACUUACUUAUUUAUUCAAUUUAAUACACCACCCUUUAUCGAAAGGUCUUGGGGUGGUGUUCUCUUAGACUAGCAGCCUCGGUGGCCAUGUGAGCCACUGCCUGGUUUAAAGGACUCCUGGGUCAAUAUUUGUAGUGCUGAACAUCAAAAGUUGUAGAAUCCAUGCCAUAAAUUUAAGGCACAUUGCUCCCUCUCACAAAAGAAAUACUGGGAACUGUAGUUCACCCCUCACAGAGUUACAACUCUCAGCACCCCUACAGUUGCUAUAUUUCAAAAAGUAAAAACCAGACAAACCCCAAAGUUGUGGCGCUUCCCCCCCAUGCCUAAAAAACAAUUUUUUGGUUGACUUGCCUAAGAUCCAGGACAAAGCUCCGCCUUCUGGGAAUUCCUCCCGGACGUCAAUUCCGCCUAUGUACUUUAAAUGUGCAUAUGAUGUGGAUAUAACCCACAGUUUCUGACAGAGCUUUAGACAUAGGCUUGUCUUUCUACUUUCUAUUGAGUCACAUCCACCACUGUCCGUUUUUUAUUUUGUUUUAUUGAGACCUCCUCCAGCUGGCUGGAAACCCACUCCAGGCAUCUUGCACAAAUAAUACCUCAUAAAUUAUUUCAAACUCUCUUCUUUCACGGAGAACCCAGGAGGAAGCUCCUCUUCUGUAGAUCCUAGGACAUGGGCAGUGCUCAAAAGAGUUUGUUCUUUACCCCCUGUAUAUAACCACACAUGCAUUCUCUCCCUCUUCCCUUCUAGGUGGAGCGGGAAAUUGCCAUUCUGAAGCUGAUUGAACACCCCCAUGUGCUCAAACUCCAUGAUGUCUACGAGAACAAAAAAUAUUUGUAGGUAUUUAUUUGCAGAUGGCCUCCCUCUUCCCCCCCCAGCCCCCCCCCAUGUUCACAUGUCCCCAUCAGAGUGGAGCAGAGCUUCCUAUGAGCAAGUCACUUCACAGCUUGAAUGAGGGGUGGGGGGGUAGUGUACUUUGUUUGUUGAUAUAUCUGCUGAGGAUCCUCUUUCCAGGACAAAUUUUGGGGAUCCCUUCUAGUCAGGGUUGUAGCCACAGGGGAUCCUGGUCCACCUCAGGGAUAUUCUAAACUUCUUCCCUGAACAUUCUGCUUCCUUAAAAGCAAAACAAAACAUGCUAAAUCUGCAGUCCUAACCACACCUAAUCUGGGAGUAAGCGUGGUUGAUUUAGAUGGGCCUUACUCCCAGGUAAGUGGGGUGGUGGUGGUGGUUGCUGCUGCUGCUGCUCCUCUUAUUAUCAUUAUUUUCCCCAAUGCCUUUUUCUGGAGGGACGCAGGGGGAUGCAUACCCCUAAACCAUGGGUGGGCAAACUAAGGCCUGGGGGCCGGAUCCGGCCCAAUUGCCUUCUAAAUCCGACCUGCAGACGGUCCAGGAAUCAGUGUGUUUUUACAUGAGUAGAAUGUGUCCUUUUAUUUAAAAUGCACCUCUGGAUUAUUUGUGGGGCAUAGGAAUUCGUUCAUUCUUUUUUUCCAAAAUAGAGUCUGGCCCCCCACAAGGUCUGAGGGACAGUGGACUGGCACCCCUGCUGAAAAAGUUUGCUGACCCCUGCCCUAAACAUUUUAUAAAUCUAAGUUCGGCCUCAUUGAGGGGCAGUAUUUCAAUAUGAGUGGGAAAAUUAGAGUACCCCUAAACAUUUUUUAAAGAAAAAAGCACUGGUUUCCCCCCCAAAAAAGAAUCCUGGGAACUGUAGUUUACCCCCUCACAGAACUACAAUUCCCAACACCCUCAUCAAACUAUGGUUCCCAGGAAUCUUUGUGAGAAGUCACAUGUUUUAAAUGUGCGGUGUGUUUGCAUGCUUAACCUCCUUCCCUUUUACCUGUGGAGAGAUGAGGAAAAAGCAUGCUGGCAGGGUUAUACUGAAUUGCUCCCUAAAGGCCAUGUUAACGUUGAACAACUUAGAAAACAAACAAUUACGACCUUCCACGACUCUCUCUUAAUAAAAAAGCAGCCACAAGAGGUCCUGAGUGGGAUCGGGGCAUUGGUGCAGGGAAGGGAACUUAAUUCUUUGACCUUGUGCUGCUUUCUUGCCAAAAAUCCCCUCCAUAAUAGCAUCUUCAGGGACAAAUAGCAGCUUUUUUCGUUGUUGUUAAGAAAGGGGGCUGCUGGGCCUUAAUCACUUCUUAAAAGGAGCAUGCUUAAUAUAACAAUGCGAAGUCUGACCCUGGGAAGUAAUUUUAAAUGUGGUUAGGCGGCUGGCGUCUAUGUUUCUGGCUGUUCUGCAAUGAUUUCCCCUCCCUUGCUGCAACUGCGUUUCUGGCUUCGGGUCUACUUUGGUGUGCUCGCCAGGCCAUACAUAUGGCUUCUGGAAGCCAGGAUGCCAACAUGUGAUAAAUAAUAGCUGGGGCCUGUGAGCUUGUGGAGCCGGUUCAUGCUUCUGUCAUGCUCAGAGCUGGUCUUCUCCUUUCUCUGCGCUCAAACCCAAAGCAUCGCCAGUCCUCUCCCCCCUUCACACCUCCACAAAACCCACUGCUCCCUUUUGCACAGACGCAUUGCUGGCAGCUAGGUGCUUCUUUUUCUCCAUUCGGAUUUGAAGCUGGUUCAGGGGGGUGGGGGAGGAAAGCCACAUUGAAACGGCAUCGUUUGCUAAGAAACUACAAGGCAGGUGCUGGUUAGGCGUGGGUUUGUGUUUCAUGUUGUGUGUACACACGACGGGAGCCGCAGGCUGAGCAAACCGACUAUUUUUGUGUGUGUUUAACGUUCAGUGCAACAGAAAUAUUAGCUGCCGAAACAUUUAUUUGCGGAGAUCAGGUGAGAGUAGACGCCUGGUUUCUGCGUGUCAAGCCUGCUGUUAAAGGCAGAGGGACGGGAUCCGUAAAAUAACACGUUUUUUAAAAAAGAAAAGUGUUUGGCGAUCCCAUCUGCUUCUGAAAUUCUUGGCACCGUGGGGUGGUUUCCUAGGUAGGAGAUAGUUGUGUUGCUGCAUGCGUGUGAAGAUCGCCAGAGCGGCAGAGCCUCUGUGAACAUGUGUGUGUGUGGUGUGUGCGAGAGGGCCGUCCAGAAUACCAGGCGGUGCCAGACAACUGGCAAUCCCCACACAUAAGCUCUCUUUGUCAUCCUCCUCCCGCUGACACAAUGGGAGGAGGUGUUUGUGUGAGUGAGAGAGAGAAAGAAAGAGGUUGGAGGAAGAGGCUGAUGCCUUGAGGAAAUAAUUUUGCAUUGUAAAACCAUCUGAAAUGAAAUUCAAAAUGUUUCCUCCGGGCAGCUUCUUCCUCCAACCCCUUUGUGUCUUACCUAUAGGUAGGGUAUUUUCUGUUAGGGAAAAUAGACUUCAGUGCCUGGGGCCUACGAAACUCCCAAGGGCCUAUGGAAAAGUUUGAGGCCUACAUAAAAUCCAAUUAAAGCAGGUUGUUUGGUUUAGCGGUUUAUGAAAUCAUUCCUCGACAUACAGGUAUAAUACAUCUUAAGUAAAUGUAAAUUAAACAUUAACUUUGAGGCUGCUUUCACUGGCAAAAUCACAGGUGACUUUCAUUUUUUAAUUUUAAUUUUUUUUGCAAAAGCUCAUUCUCAGUGGAGAGUAGUGCAAGCAAAGAGAGCCUUGGAGUAUUCUCUUGCUUAUAGAGAUUAUGGGACCUAUAUAACGUAAAUAUCUAUCACUUGAUCUAUUUGGAGGUCUACAAUUAUGAGAGCGCUUGGGGCCUGCAACUACUUUAAUCUGCGCCUGAAUAAGAGGUCUCCUUUAUUGGCAAAAACUAUUUUGUGUGUGUGAAGUGGGGAAAGAGUAAAGAAACUUCCAAGCUCUCCCAAGAUAGAUUUUUGGUUGUUGUCUUUUUAAAUCACUUCUGGCCAGUGUACCCUUAGGCUUCCCCAUUACAACCUUUGAGAAUUAGGUUGACGUGGACUUGAAAUGUACUGUAAUUUAAUUGGUAGGGAGACAGGAGGUAAAUAAUAAAUCUAUGGCCUUUUAAAUUGUGGGGGGUAUUUUUUUGUUAUUAAUUUUUGUGUUUUUAUAUUGUAAACUGCCUUGUGAUCCUCAGGUGAACGGUGUUAUAGAAAUAUUAAUAACAAUAGCAAUAUUAGUGGUGGUGGUGCAGGGCAAUCUUGAAUGCAUCUGCUUAGGACUGAGUUCCAACAUAAUGCUAAACCGUGGUUUGUUUUAAUCAUGUUCAACAAACUGUAAGUUGCCUCACAGACGGCCAAACAAACCAUAGCUUGUUUCUCCAGAGCUUGGUUUGUUUUCCAGCUGCUUCUUGCCAAGCAAUGCCUUUGGAGCUUGGUGUGGGUCUGGGACAGGAUGGCCAAACAAAGUACAAUUUAGAAGGCUGGACAUAACAGCAAACCAUAGUUUUAAAAAGACACGAUUCCAAAAGUCCACCAUAAACUAUGGUUUCAUGUGGUUAGUCUGUUGGGCCAGGUUGACAUAUUCAGAGAAACCUUAGUUAGGCUAAACAAUCCACGGUUUGGCCUACUGUGCAAACCAGGUCAUUGAACUGAUGGGAUUUUAUUGCUGAAUAAUUAUGCCUAGGAGUGCCAUAUGAUGUAAAAUUGGGAGUGAGAACCACUGAACACCGCGGGAACUUACUUCCAAGCAGAAAUGCAUAGGUUCAUGCUGUUGCAAACUGCUGUAAUGUCCUGAGAGCCAAAGACCACUUUAGACAUGGCGUGGAAAGCACUUAUAAUAAUAAUAAUAACAAUAAUAACAGUUUACUAUUUAUAUCCUGCCCAUCUGGCUGCUCCCAACAGAAUAUUAAAAACACAAUAAAACAUCAAACAUUAAAAGCUUCCCUAAACAGGUCUGCCUGCAGAUGUCUUCUAAAAAUCAGAUAGUUGUUUAUUUCCUUGACAUCUGAUGGGAAAGCCCUCUGCCUGGUUCCCUGUAACUUCACUUCUCACAGUGAGGGAACUGCAAGAAGGCCCUCGAAGCUGGACCUCAUUGUCCGGGCUGAACGACACUUAUAUGUUUAAUAUAUGGCAUGCUUAAUGUAAUGUUAACAGUCCUGUGUGAGAUUGCACACAUGUGUAUUUAGCUGCAUGUGGUGUUGUACACAGUAUGCCGGCUGGGAAGCCGGGGCUGGGUACACUUUCCUCAGUGCAGAUGCAACUAAGCAAAGUGUGAAGCCGCUCUUACCACCCAUGACUUGUACAUUGCCCAGUUUUUAUUUCAUAGAAGUGCUUUCCAUGAGGCAAUUUUGUCAUGUUUGCAACAGCUGUGGCUUCUCUCUUUUGGGUUCUACAGCUACAACAGCUGGUGUCUGCACAGCGUUUUGGGAUUGCAUAACAGCCGGUAAUUCAUCUUACCCAAAAGUGACUUGAAGAUACAUGGAACUGCUCAUCCUUGUUCUUUCUAUAGCAGGGAUGGGCAACCUAUCGCCAUCUUAAUGUUGGCACUCCAACUCCCAUCAGCCGCAGCCGGCGUUGCCAAAGGUCUGGGGUGAUGUGAGUUGUAGUCCAACAACAUCUGGAAGGCACCAGGUUUCCCAUCCACCUUCUGUGGCAAAGCAUUUAGCUUCCUUUUCUCCCAGCCUGCUUUGCAGUUGCUCCAGCUUAGAAGGAAUUCGGUGAGGUUGUUCUCCACAGGGGGCCCGAUGGAUUCUCAUGACCUCUUUCCCGAUUUUCCCUGCUUCUCGGUCCCUCUGCCUCCUUCCGCGUCAGAUACCUUGUCUUGGAACAUGUCUCAGGAGGGGAACUCUUUGAUUACUUGGUGAAGAAGGGACGCCUCACACCCAAGGAAGCCAGGAAGUUUUUCCGACAAAUUGUCUCAGCUUUGGAUUUCUGCCAUAGCUAUUCUAUAUGGUGAGUAUCUUCCCUCGGCUGCUCAUUGCCUGUUGCUGUUAUCACAUAUUGCUAAGUAGGUCUUUUUUUUCCCAGCAGGAAAGGGGGGAAAUGAUUUUUCUUAUGGUUUAUUUUUCUUCUGCUGCCAUAGCAUUUUGUUCCCUUGGUACUGUGUAAGUAUUGAUUGUGUUGUAUUCUGUCUAUGAUGCUUUAUUUCAAGUACUCAUUUUGUAAGCCACUUUGAGCUAUCAAAAUAAUAGCUUACCUGUCUAUUUGUUUAAUCAUCAUCAUAACCAUCAUGCUGUCCCAUCCCCGAGUCGCUGAGACUGUGUUUGGAUCUUCCAUUGCCUUAUGGACCACUGAAAUGUGCUCUGUGGCUGUACAAUCAGAGUGAGGAACCUCUUUCAGUCCAAGGACCACAUUGCCUUGUGCGCAACUUUUCUGGGGGACCUUUCCAGUUGUGGGUGUGGCCAAAGGUAAAAGUGGGUGGAGCAUUGGCUGUGACUCCAGUCUUAGCCUUUGUCCAGUAGGUUAUGUCCUAGCUGUUCAAAAGCCAGAGGUUUUUCUUUCUGCCUACACUUCUCUCUCCAUCUUUCCUCCAAGGCAAACAAGAGGCAUUAGCAAAGCUCAAGGAGUUUGUGAGAAAGGCAUGAAGCAGAGGCCAGUGAUGGGUAUAGCCUGGAAAGGGGUGUGGGGUUUUGAGAGAGUCCUAGGGGUCAGAUAGUGAGGCCUGGAGGGCCUUAGGUUUCUCUUCCCUUCUGCACAGUCCAAUCAGACCAAGGAAAAGCCAUUACCUACUCUGUUCUGCAUGCUGAGCUACUGUUCAGGGGUGAAGAGACAGUAGAUAAGUUGGCAACUCUCGCCGUAACAAUCGUAGGCUUAAGUUGAUUGAAAUUUGCAGCUCUAGUUUCAGAUUCACUGAGGAGGAAGGAGAGGCUGAAGUGAGCAAAGUAGAAAAAACCUUUGGCAACUUCAGGAGCGCUUGACUUACUUUGCCCUGAUCUUGGUACGCAGGACAAUUUCUGUAGUAGGGUAACAUGGUGAAUUGUGAAUAACCCAGGAGAGUCAGCAAGGAGGGCUAGCUGAAACACCCUGCUGUUCAUUGUGUGUUUUGAAUUAUUUCUCAGGGUAGCAAUUCUGGGAUAGCUACUUCUUAUUCUGAUUAAGCAAGCCCCAAUGCUAUUUCCAUAGCCAUGGCAACUAGAAACUUGUUCCUGUUUCAAAAAGAAAGCUUGGGUUCUCUGAAAUCCAGCACAUUCCCUGGCCACUGGGCCACAAGUCCGAUUCAGCACCUGUGUUUAAAAAAUCUGCUCAAGGGGCGGGGAAAAGCAAGUCCAUUCUGAUCGCAUUUCCUUCACUGGGAUAAUCCCAGAUGUAGCUACUUGACUGCAAGGGAUGUUUCGUGUGCGUGUGCCUUUUGUGUCUCCCGCUGACCAGUCUCCGUUUGUUUUGUUUGGACUUCCCCAGCCACCGAGACUUGAAGCCGGAGAACUUGUUGCUGGAUGAGAAGAACAAUAUCCGGAUUGCAGAUUUCGGCAUGGCCUCCCUGCAGGUCGGAGAUAGCCUGCUGGAAACAAGUUGUGGGUGAGCCAACCUCUACGUGUGGAGGGCUGAUUGGAGGGUUGCACACAACGCCACAAAAGAGACGAGGAUGAGGAGUCGGGCAUCAGUUGAUCCUUGUUUGGCAGGAACACCAAAAGCACCGCAGGUGUUUCCUGCAGGGAAUACCAUAAAACGUGAAGUGGGAAGGAAGCACAUGUCUGCAAACCCAGAGAAGCUGGUGCAUGUCUUUUUAAGAAAUGUGCUUCCUUUUCACACAUGAUUGGGUUCAGUGGAGUGUCCAGAAAUCAGAAACAUCUCCUGUAUAGUAUGUGAAUCACUCCUGCGUUUGCAGCAGAGGGGUGGAUUUUGGGGGGAUUUGCCAGCCCUAUAAUAGCGUGGCACAAGGGUCUCAUCCAAGGAAUGACAUAAGCUAUGCCACCUUGGCUGUGUUGCCAUAGUUUGACCCUCCCACCUAUCCCUAUGCUGUUCUCUUACACCCUUCCCAGGGAACGGAGGUACAGUAAUUCACCACUUUGUCUGGCCCACACUACCACGGCUCUCCCUUGCUCCACCCCCUGCUCUGGGAUUCCCAAACCCGAUUGGUAGCCCUACCAGUCACUCUCCCAUUAAGGCCGCCAAUCUGGAAAAGAAAGAAAAAAAUAUGCUAGCAAAAAGAAGACAGAUGUGGUCUCUGGUUUUUCACACUGCAGCUUCUCAAGCUCAGCCCUGCCCAAACUGAACGUGUCGUCACUCACACAAUUAGUAAUUUUGUGAAUUGUUUUUUUUUUUAAAAGGAAAUAGCAGCCACUGUGUUCUUGCCUUCCCACCCCCGAUCCAGGUCGGGACUGUGCUGUCAGGGGAGCAAGGCUUUAACUCUGUGCCCUGACCCUGUUCUGAUCAGCCCUCGCACCUCUCUGGCUUCUAUUAGGUGACAAUGGCAACAUCUCUUUUGGGGACAAAUAGCAGCUGUGGGAAAGCCUGAUCCAAAUGGGGACUGUCUUCAUGUCACGGUCUAAAUCUGAAUUUACUUCCCCCAGCUGAAAUAUGCUUUGUUUUGGUGUUUUUAAAAAUCACGUAACUACUGAUAGCAUGAAUAAUACCACGAUUGGUUUUUUGGCCCGAAAGUGAACUUCGCUUGCCAGCUCUUUAGCCUCAAAGCUGGGACAUAUUUCGUUCUGGGAGGAAGUGAAGGAAAUGCUUUGAGAUUGCCUAGUUGCAGCCACAUGACUGCACAUCCUUUAUAAAAUUUGCAGUUGUUUUUUGAAUGUUUAUAAUCUGUAUUUUAUUUGAAUUUUUUUUUAAAAAAAAUUGGUAUUGCUUUUUCCUUUUUUGUAAGCUGCUGUAAAUGCCAGUGUGAUGCAUAGGCAGUGUAACCCCCCUCCCCAAAAAACCACCCCCUCACAUUUAAAAUAGAUAAAUAAUGAACACCCAAAGCACUUCUACCAUCACAGCAUCAACACCAUACAUUCAAAGCACUUUUAACACACAUUUAAAGCACACCUAUGGCUACAUACCUGCCAUAAUUUUAAAAUACAUGACCUUCUCCAGAGGAUCCUGGGAACUGUUCCUUACCCUUCACAGAGCAACAAUUCCUAGCACUCUUAACAAACUACAGCUCCCAGGAUUCUUUGGGGGCGAGCGGUGUGCUUUAAAUGAAUAUUAAAUGUAUGGUGUCAAUGUGAUGACACUCCCCAGAAAAAAAUGGAGGGCAGUGCCAAGGAAGGCCGAGGAGUUGUUCCAUGUGCUUCAUGUGAGCUAGGUCACGUGCUUUAAAUGUGUACUAGGGGGAUGUGGGUGGCACUGUGGUCUAAACCUCUGAGCCUUUUGGGCUUGCUGAUCAGAAGGUCGGCAGUUCGAAUCCCCGCAACGGGGUGAGCUCCCAUUGCUCUGUCCCAGCUCCUGCCAACCUAGCAGUUCAAAAGCACAUCAAAGUGCAAGUAGAUAAAUAGGUACCGCUGGGGUGGGAAGGUAAACGGCAUUUCUGUGCACUCUGGUUUCUGUCACUGUGUCCUGUUGCGCCAGAAGCGGUUUAGUCAUGCUGGCCACAUGACCUGGAAAGCUGUCUGUGGACAAACACUGGCUCCCUCAGCCUGAAAGCAAGAUGAGCUUUGCAACCCCACAGUCGCCUUUGACUGGACUUAACUGUCCAGGGGUCCUUUUCCUUUACCUUUACCUUACCAAAUGUGUGCUACAUGCGCUUUAAAUGUAUGUGCAGGCUCCUUCUCUGCCUCAGUCUCUCUUCUUGCCUCAUGGCCAGCCUCCUGGAUCUGGCAACUGAAACCUCCCAGCACUUGUGGGACAAGAAUGAAUGGGGGGACAUUUUCCCUCCACAAAUACAUCUUAGGUUUUGGCGGCGGUGUGCUUGUGGGUAGGUGGGUGGGAAGAAGUCCCGCAGGCUCCUCUUCACAUGCCUGUUUGAACCCGAGGCCCUGGGGGGGUCUGCUUUCUCCUGCGUUUCACUCUUCCUCUGUCUCUCUGUCUUUCUCUUUUCUGCCCCCAAUGCUGGGCUGCAGUUCUCCUCACUAUGCAUGUCCUGAGGUGAUCAAGGUAAGGACUCAGGCCUAGUGCCCACACCCCUCCCCUCCCUUGCUGGCAUCUCCUUCCCUUCCCUCUUGCCCACGGAUCAAACCAGGGGGUCCGUCAAGCCUGGCACCAGGCUUCACUUGGGUUGGGGUAACGGCUUCCCAGUCGUAUGUCAUCAUCUUCUACCCAUUUGCCAUGGAAUAAACCCCAUGGGUCUGGGUGGGGCUGAUUUCUGAGUAGGCAUGUAUAGGAUUGAACGGUUGGUUGCUUAAUUCAUUAAAACAAGAAAGUGGGGAGCGGUUUUGGUUGACUUAAAAGGAGACUCUGUUGAGUCAACGGAUUUCAGAAGUGGGUCGAAUUCAAACCAAACUAGUUGCACUUACAUCCCAUUUAAAUGAAUGUGAAAAGGUAUCAGGGAUUGACUUAACACCCAUUGAUUCCAGUGGGACUUAUGGGCAACUAACUCACAGUAGAAUCCUAUGUUUGUCAACUCAGAGGUUAAGUCCCAUCAAGUUGAAUGGGAGUUAUUCACAGGUUAUAGCAGGGACGGGGGUCAAAUGUGGCCCCCCAGGCCUCUCUGCCUGGCCCUCAGGGCUCUCCCCAGGCCACAGUCCAUCCAGAGCCACAGCCUUCACCAGACAUGAUCCACACCCUCCUCAAGUGUUUUUGCCUGGCUGGAAUUGGUCCUUGGGCUCUGGUCAUGCUUCCUGUUUGUCUGGAUGGCGGGUAGGGAGGUGGGUGUGGAAAAUAGCCUUCUGCAGAAAGGCAAAUUUCACAUGUCUCGGUCUGCCCACUUUUGCCUCUGGCCCUGCCCAGCCCUGGCAUGUGGCCCCCAGAAGGUCGCCAAGAAGGAAAGGCGAUCCUCGGGUUGGAAAAAAGGUAUAUAGGAUUGUAGCAUUUGCGUGGACCCAGUUCAAUUUUUCUUCCUAUAAGGAUGUAACAAACUGCAUAUAGCAAGCAGCAUUUUAAAAGAGACACCCCUUCCUAUGGGUGAAAGGUCAUGUAUCCAGUAUGUUGCUUGCUACAAUGCAGGCUUGUGUAAUUUAAUAAUGGAGUAAAGUGUGCCAUUUUGUAGAACGAUUCCCCCACUUAUAUUCACAUUUGUGUAGAUUUAAGUGCUUAAUUAAUUGAUUAAUCAACUUCAAUUCAUAUGAUAAAUUUACCUUUCCUUUUUUAACUUGGUGACUGCUCUAAUUAUAUGUGGGGUUGGACAGGGGAAGGUGUUUUUGGAGGAGACUGGUAGUUGCUUGUCUCCCAUCCCUCACACCCUUUAUGCUGGGAAGGGGAACCUGCGACCUGCCUCCAGACACGGUUGGACUCCAACUCCCAUCAGCCCUGUCCAGCUGACCAGGGCUGAUGGGAGUUGUAGUCCCACGAUAGAGGUCCAUAGAUUCCCCAUCCCUGCUUUAGUAAGGCCUUGCUCUGUACAAUAUGGUAGCUUCUUCAGAAAAACUUCAACUGUCUUAAAGCAGCAUAAUCUUCAUUCCAGAGCUGCUAGAUCUGAAAUUUAAAUUCAGUGACCUGGAGGAUAUCUACUGAAUUCCUUCCCUCAGAAAUAAGACGUUUUUGAUGCUGGGAAAAAGCACCACCCACUUGUGAACAGUGGCAGAUGGCUAUGGGGGGGCAGAGUCACCCUCCUGGUGCAGCUCACCUGGACAAGGCUGGGUCAGGGCGGCUGCAAGGUCAGGGCUGCAGGGAGACAGUGCCCGAUUGGCUGUGUCGGCAUGUCAUUCACACAGCCCAGCUGUGCCACCAGCUCAUGCCAGCCCUGUCUGCAUAAGCUGCAGCAAAGCCAAUGUUGAGAGGGUGGCUCUGCUCCACUGCAGCAGCCACUACUGCUUGUGGAGGAUAUUGGGGAAGGGGAACAUCAACCAGUCCUGGAAGAUGGGGAGAUUUUGAUCCCUUCUUGAUGGCCAUAGACUGGAGCCGGGAGACAAUAGAGCUUGCUGAGUAAUGGACCAAGUGAGGGCAGGAGGAGUUGGGGCAGGUGGCGAGAGACAAGGUUCUCUCAUCCUUGUAGAGAUAUAUCCCCUUCCCGCCUGUUCUUAACGCUUGGGCGAGCCUUCCACUCUCCACUCUGAUUUCUUUAUUGUCUGUCAUUCAUUCCCAGCCAAGCUUUCCCUGUCCUGCCCCUGCCCUCCCGAGUUGCCAACCCCACCAAAUCUCUUUGCUCUUCGCUCCUUAGGGGGAGAAGUACGAUGGACGUCGCGCUGACAUGUGGAGUUGCGGAGUCAUCCUCUUUGCCCUGCUGGUGGUAAGGCUGCUCCCCAGUAAAUUGCCGGGCAAUUCAACACCACCUGCCCGCCCCCUAGCAUGUUAUUGCUGUGGCAAAGGUGUUCCAAGGUUGCUCAGAGCAACCUAUGUCCAAUGCUGGUCCUACUCAGAGCAGACCUCUUGAAACUAAUGGACAUGAUGGACUGAAGUUCACUAAUGUGAAUACCUCCAGGUAUGGUUGGGCUUCAUCUCCCAUCAGCCCCAGCUGGCCCAUGGAUGGUCAGAGAUGAUGGGAGUUGUAGUCCAACAACGUCCGGAAAGCCACAGGUCCCCCAUCUCUGAGUUGUAUGUUCUUUAUUUAUUUACAAACCCAUUUCUCUGCUGCCACAUCACAAAGUAUUGGGGUGGAGCACAACACUGAAACAUAAAACAACAAUUGAAAACAAUACAUAUAACCAUUAGCUAAUCCAAAAAAUGAAAAUGAAAUGGUUACAAAGGCCUGCCAGUGUAAAAAGAUCUACAAGUCAAAAGCGAGGGUGCCUGAAGAACCUCUCCAGGAAGGGACAGGUGGCACUAAGUGCCCAACACCAGAACUCGAAUUUAAACGCAAAAAACUCCCCCCAUUCUGCAUUUGAAAUAUCAAUACUGAAAAAUCUGUGUGAGCUUUCAUUUUGGGGUCGGUUCUCUCGCCCUUUGUCCUGCAGGGAGCGCUACCCUUUGACGAUGACAACCUACGCCAGCUGCUUGAGAAGGUGA